AUGGCUAAUAUUUUAUAAGUUUACGAAUAAUGUAUCAGCAAUCCAGAGAUCCUAAGACAUGGAGAUUAAUAUCUAUCAGAAUAUCUAAAGAAUACACCUAAUUUUAUACUUGAGUCAUUAAAAUUAAUAUUUGAUGUUAAUCAACAACAAAGAAAAUAUAUAGCUAUUUUAUUCAAGAAUGUAAUCUUAUUAAAUUGGUAAAAUCUAUAAUAACAAACUAAAUAAGACAUUUUAAAGGUAUUAAUAGAAGGUCUUUAACAAGAACUUUAAAUUCCAGUUUAAGAGAUCAUUGUAAAUUUUAAUAUUUAUAUAGACUAUAAUAAUCACAGAAGUAAUGAGAAGAGAUUCUGAAUAUCAAUAAUUAAUACCAUAAUUUUUACAAUUAUACACUAAUAAUCCUCACAUAAUAAAUACAUUAAUACAUAUUUAUUAAUAAUUAGAUGGAUAAAAUUUGAUAUCAUAUUGUGAAAUAAUUCUAUAGAAUCUGAUAUUGUAAUAAUCACCAACUCCUAAAAUAUACCAUUUAGUAUAUUUAGUUAUUAAAAUGUUUUCUCAUUGUGAACAAACUGAUGUUGAGUAAUUAAAAUAAUGCUUUGAUUCAACAUUUAUUCAAUGGAUGGAAAGAUUCUCAUAAGUUCUAUAGUAGUAAAAUUAAUUGGAAUCUUAGAUUUAUAUUAUGAAAGCAUUAAAUUUGAUAUUUAAAGAAAUGAAAACAUAUUCUAAACAAAUCAGAAAAGUAAUUUUACCUUAGAUGACAGCAUUUUUAGUAAGAUUAACAAACUCUAUGUAAUGCUUAGAAGGUAUUUUAUUUAAUUAUAAUAAUAGAAAUUAACUUUUUAGAUGAGUGUUAUGAAUAAGAACCAAACUAAGAGGUACUUUUAUUUUACACUUUAUAAAUGUUAAUGGAAUUAAAUAAUUAAUAGCUUUGCAACAGUACUAUUUAUAGUAGUUUACUAUAAAUAUUAAGUAUGCCAAUAAAAAAUAUUAAUAUGGAUCAUUUUAUAGUAGAAGAUGAUCCAACAGUUGUUGAAGCUGUUUUAAUGUUUUUUGAAUAAUAAUUAUCAAAUAAAAAAACACAUCAAAAUGCUAAAUAAUUAUUAUUAUAAUAUUUAUAAUAAAAAGUGGAGAUGGUUGGUUAAUAUGUGAUUAUAGCAUAAUUUUCAUCAGAUUUAUUUGAUCCAAAUUAAUAUUUUGUAAUAAUUGAUUAAUUAUUGAAACUUUAAAAUACUAAUCAAAAUUAAGUAUUUCAACUUUAAAAAUUAAUAGCUUUAACUAAUUUGUAUUUGUUAACUAAAGGAUAAGUUGAAAUAUUUACAUAAUUGUUUUAAUUACAUGUUCAAUAAUUCAAAUCUUAGCUUGGUUUAGUAAAUUUAUUCAAUAUUGGAAAAUUAUGUGCUCAUGCUAGCAAGAACUCAACAAUUGAUGAUUAAAGUUUUAAAUGUUUGGUAGAUUAAUCUAAUAUUUAAUUUCCAUCAAUAGAUUAAGAUACUGCACAUAUUUUAUUUGAUAGUGUCUUAUAGAUGUUAAAGUUAUGCAAAACCUUAUAAUUUCCAAUCUUAUAAAAUAUUUAUCAUUAUUGGACUAUUUAUCCUCAUGAUUCAUUAUUGGGUUAGAUAUUCUAUGAAUUAUUGGAAAUUCUUGUCACCUUAGAUCCAAUUUCAGUUUAAUAAACUUUUUCUUCCACAAAUGGAUUGAUUUGGUUAAAAGUUAAUACAAUCAUAGCAAAACAUUAACCAUAGUUAUUACUUAAUUUUAUACCUUAAAUAGCGCAAUAAUUAUUAGUUUUUAAUGAAUUUACACCUUAAGGAAUAAUGCUUUUGAAAACUCUAUUACAAUAUAAUACAAUAGAUUAGUAAACUUUAAAUACUAUCAUUUAAAUUUUAGAUAUUUAAUUAAAUACCUAAAAAGAACCAGAAUUAGAAGUUCUAACAGAGCAUGUUCAUGAUUUAUUGUUUGUUGUAUGGAAUAAGCAUAUGAAUAGAUAAAUAUCAAUUCAACUACUUAGUAAAAUUUUUUCAAAAAUAAUGCAUACUGAAAUACCCUCCACAAUUAAUGGAUUAACAACUAUUCUUUGUGCUAUAUAUUUAUAGCAUUAGAAUCAAUUCUUAUAAUGGCUUCAAUCUAAUUCUGAAAGUACUUAAUAAUUAUUUAGCAAAUGGCUUAGAUUUUCAUCUAUAUUACAAUAAAAAUCUUUACUAUCAUUAUAAAUAAAUGCUAUUUAUUAAUUUACCUAAUUACCAUAUUUUGAUUAAUUGUUUUAUGUUGAUCCAUUUAUUGACAAGGUUAUUCCAUUAAAAGCUAAAAUGAUGGAGUUUCUAAUCUCUAACCAAUAAUAAUCUGUAACAAAUUUAAUUAAACUUAGAAAACUAUAGCUCUUGAUGAAGAGGAUGAAUUUUAGGAUAUAGAUUCUAUUGAGACAGAAUUCGAAAAUGAUAUCACUGAAUGUCAUAAUCUCCUUAAACCUAUUUCCAUUUCAUUUGAACAUAUACAACAUUUAUCAAAAUAUUUAUCUAAGGAACAAUAACAACUUUUAAGGAAAUAAUGA